AUGGAGCUGCCAGUGAAAUCUCCGGCGGGCCCCGGCUGGCAAACCCGUUACCGGAUAGAAGCCAAGUCUCUGUCGUACCGGUUGCCGGCCGGCGGCGGCAAAUUCAGCUGGUCCAAGAUCCAUGCGAGCUCCGCGUCCAUCCUGAAGGACGUGAGCUGCGACGCAAGGCCCGGCGAGGUCCUCGCCAUCGUCGGCCCCAGCGGAGCGGGGAAGACGACGCUACUGUCCAUUCUCGCCGGCAUGAACCUCCCGGGGAAGGUCGCCGGCGAGAUCCAAAUCAACGGCUGCGACAUGGAAGCCUCCAUUUUCCAGCGAGUCUCCGGGUACGUCACCCAGGAAGACGCCCUCUUCCCACUGCUCACCGUGGAGGAAUCCCUCCUCUACAGCGCCCGCCUGAGGCUGCAUCGGCGGGGCGGCGGCGGUGGCGCCGCCGCCGCUCGGGUCCAAGAGCUGUUGAGAGAGCUCGGCCUUGAAGGCGUCGCCAAGUCCACCGUCGGCUCCGGCGGAGGGCGGGGCAUCUCCGGCGGAGAGAGGCGGCGGCUUUCGAUCGGGGUCGACCUGGUGCACGACCCGGCGAUCCUCCUCCUCGACGAGCCGACUUCCGGGUUGGACUCUGCGGCGGCGCUGCAGAUCAUGUCGCUGCUCAAGUUCAUGGCAAAGGCGCAGGGAAAGACGGUGGUGCUCACCAUACACCAGCCAGGAUUCCGGAUACUGGAGCUCUUCGACCGGGUGCUGCUCCUCGCGGAGGGGACGGUCCGCCACCACGGCUCGCUCAGCCUCCUGGAGAAGCGGCUGGAAGAAGCCGGCCACCGCGUUCCCCACCACGUCAACGUGCUGGAGUACGCCAUGGACGCCAUGACGAGCUCCAACGGGGAGAUGAUGGCCCAGUCGAACUCUGAAGAGACUCCUCACCGCCCCGGCGGAAAGGAGGAGCAUCGCGCCGUCAUCUACGCCAACUCCCCGCCGGAGGAGGUGCUCAUCCUCGGGGAGAGGUUCUUCAAGAACAUCCUGAGGACGAACCAGCUCUUCGCGGCGAAGAUCAUCCAGUCCCUUGUGGCGGGUGUCGGGUUGGGGACCAUAUUCAUGAACGUGAAGGACCUGCAAUCUCGGGUGGGGUUCUUCGCCUUCACGCUCACCUUCCUUCUCUCUUCGACUACAGAGGCUCUCCCCGUUUUCCUCCGGGAGAGGAGGAUACUGAUGAGAGAAACAUCGAGCGGAGCAUACAGGGUCUCCUCCUACGUCCUCGCCAACGCCCUCGUCUUCCUCCCGUUCCUCCUGGCGGUGGCGCUCCUCUUCGUCGUCCCCGUCUACUGGAUGGUGGGGCUACGUAGAGAGAUCGACGGGUUCCUCUACUUCUCCCUCGUCGUCUGGAUGGUGGUGGCGAUGGCGAACUCCUUCGUCACCUGCUUCAGCGCCCUGGUGCCAAGCUUCAUCAUGGGGAACUCGCUCAUCUCGGGCCUCAUCGGCUCCUUCUUCCUCUUCUCCGGGUACUUCAUAUCGAAGGACAGCAUUCCCAAGUACUGGAUCUUCAUGCACUACCUCAGCCUGUUCAAGUACCCCUUCGAGGCCUUCAUGAUCAACGAAUACGGCGGGGGGACAGGAAGGAAGGCGUGCCUUCAGAGACAAGGAGAAAUCUGUGUUCUCGACGGAGAGAUGUUCUUGAGGCAGCAGGGUUUCUACGAUCACCAGAGAUGGACGAGCUUGGGGGUGAUCCUGGGCUUCAUCUUCCUGUACAGGCUACUAUGCUUGGUGAUCUUGUGUUUCAGAUGCGGUAAAGUGAGAAGGUAG